AUGAGCUCGCAUGUUGUGGUAAUCGAUUCCACGGCCAGAAGAGCUGUUAUAAAGACCAACCCAUCGAAGCCUUUAGCAGACGUUCUACAGGAAGCUUGCAGCAAGCUCGGCCUUAAUGCAAGCCAGUAUGGACUAAAACAUCAGAGCAAACAAGUCGAUUUGUCCCUUAUAUUCCGUCUGUCCGGUCUAAGCUCCGGCGCGAAACUCGAGCUUGUACAACUUUCGAAGUCCCCAUCUGUUGUGACAGUUGCUCUCCAACUUCCCGAGUCCGAAGCGCAGGGAGCCCCCAACGGACGACUCCUGGACAAGUUCCCAAGUACAACAACGUUGUGGUUUGUUCUGAGAAAAUUUGAAGCUGGAGUCGCUGGGAAUGGUUCGACAAGGAAUUUGACAGCUCGAGCUGCGCCCGCCACUGAUAAUGCGGCAAAUGGCAACGGGAGGUUAUACUAUCAGACACCAGUGUUGCAGGUCAUGGGCCGGGAGCUGGCAGAUUUCUCAGAUCUGCAAAAGUCGUUGGCGCAGUUGGGGUUCAAUAGUGGCAAUGUGCUUUUCCGGUUAUCAUUCCGAACAACGCAACAACCCUUCGAGGACGCGGUGACAAUGAUUAGUCAGUAUUUCAAAGAACCUGAAGAGGAGAAAGAUCCAACGAGCGCUAUUACAGGAGCAGCGGCAGUCUCAAGUGCCCCGGUUCAGGAACCAGAGUCUGUUGUGACGACCGCACAAGAUACACCGCAAACUAUAGAUACACCGGAAGCUUCAACUUUAUCGUCCCCGACACCAUUUCCACCCUCUGAAGAAACAGCAACAGAGGCACAAGCGACGGAAACAGUGCCAACUCUAUCAGUAUCCGAGCGACCAGUUACUGUCUAUAAGCCGCCUACAAAUGCAACCCCUCAUUUUGCAUUGGCAUCAUACGAUGAGCAGGAUUACGUUCCCAGCAUUGAGCACGCAAAAUCUCACCAAGAACGACUCAAUCAGUUGUCUCAAAAUGUUCGUCUUCCCAGUGACAAAGAAAUCGCCGACAAGGCUGCAGCAGAGCAAGAGAGAUUGGCGAGCAUCACUGAAACCGAGGUCAAAAUCCGAUUUCCAGACCAGAGCCAGGUUGUUGCAAAAUUCAAACAAGCUGAUACAGGGUCAUCUCUCUACUCAUUUGUCCGGGGUUGUUUGAGUCCGUCGUUCGUCAACGAGAAAUUCUCCCUAGUAAUAUUCGCAGCAACACUAAAGCAACCACGGGCAGGACCCGGAGGACCAAGACUGGCAAUUCCAGACUCUGACGAGGAGUACUUGAUAAAAGAUCUGGGGGUCCGAGGGAGAGUCCUUGUCAAUUUCACAUGGGCUGAAAGUAGCCCAGCAUCUGCCGCAACGACAGCGAUAUUAAAGCCAGAGCUCCGCACCCAAGCACAAGACAUCCAGAUUCCCAGUGUGCCCGGAAUUACCGAUGACGAAGCAGCGGAGAAAAACAAACAAUCUGCCUUUAGCAAAUUAGGAAUGGGCUUGAAGAAAGAUGGUGGCAGUGGAAGUGGUCGAAAGGGCGGCGGAGUGCCGAAGUGGCUCAAGCUGCCUGGGAAGAAAUAA